AUGACGCAGCCAGAAGUGCCACUAGACGACGAGUUCGAGAGAACCACCGACGGGAUGUCAUGUAUCUUCCUUACGUCUUCAAUUUUGGAUAUUGAUGAAAUGAUCAUCGAGGAGCAAUGGAAGAGACAUGGAGGCGAAGGUUCACAUUGGGAGCAGGCAUUGGUCAAGCACAAAGGCGAGUUACAACAAGGCCUCGAUCGGAUCAAGGAACGAAUGAGCAGCAACGAUGAAGAUCCCAUGCCGGUGGAUGCCAAGGAGAUUCCGACCAUCGUCGUUCAGGAAGCGGAGACCGAGGACGACGAGAAGAUGGCGCGUGCAUUUGCAAGUUGCCCCAGCUCUCCUCAAGGACCCGAGGUCGAGGCCACAAUAUCCCCACAAGCUCCUCCUCCACCUUCGCCGCUUCAAGAGAUGGCUGGUGAUGAGGAUUUUGAGAUUGUACGAUUCCUCUCGGAGGAAGAAGCAGAUGAGGUUCUCUCAUCCUACUUGCCACCAGAAUAUAGCGAACUAGUCAAGCCAAUACCAGCCUUGCAAGCAAUUCUGGAAGAGCUAACGGACGUUGAGCGGUCUACGAAGCGCAUUAACACGAGAACACAGACAACACUAUCGAGCAACGUCGACGCGAGCCUAGCAGAUGCUGCUUCUACUCAGUCAGUUGCGCUAGCUACAGCUCAAUCUGCCGAAUCAAGCAUCGCAGAUGUUACAAGAGGCACCAAGAGAGGCUCCGACGAGGCAGGACUCGACGAACAAAGCAUCUCGAAGCAGCUGGGCUCUAUCGAAGAACAAGACAGCGUCGCGACUCUUCCUAAAAAGCGACAGGAGACUGGAGACAGCGAGAUGACUGACUCAUCGCCUACCAGUCCUCCUCCAAUGACUCCUACUAAGGGAAGAACUCCUGGAAAGAAGGCAAAGACGUUCCUUACACCGGCAGCAAUUCGUCGAAGUCGGAGACAUAAGUGAUGAUUAGGAAGCUAUGGACGGCGGCUGGUAUUUGAGGGCUCCCGUAUGGACUGCUGGAUCUUAUCGACAUACUGCCCUUCAAGGGUGAUCACUGUGCUCACUGUAGGAAUAAAUACUGGUGGCCACUGGUUUCUGUGGAUUUUGAGACUUUCUCGCUGGGGCUGAGCAGUCUGCUCUUCGAGAGGUCACCUUCCGCCGAGAAGGAAGUCUGCUCGAGAAUCUGUACAUAAUGUUGCUGUGCAAAGAUCACACGUUGUUGGAGUAUACCACUGGCUUUGGAUUGCUGGUAGAGAGUAGUCGGACAUCAUUGGAUUGUCCAAGGAAACUGUUGCAUAGGAAAUCAAACAAACAUCCAACUUCCCACUUUCUCCACGUGACAUGCAACCAGCAAACAUCUAUUACUAACUAUAAUUAAGUAUGGUAUUAAUCC